GCAAAGACACAAACCGAUGAGCGGCCGUGCCGGGUGGUGUGUGUGAGCGUGUGUGUGUGUGACAGAGAGAGAGAGAGAGAGCGCUGAGGCUGGACGCCCCGAUGCUGCUCCAGCUCCGGAGUGCGCACUGACGGAUCUGUUUCAUCAAAGUGGGAGAUUGAGCCGUUAACGACUGUUUGUGGCAGCUGCUGGUUUUAUCUGACAUUACUGAAGCAAUGCAGUCCCAGGGCAGCACUUCCUCUCAGCCCUCCUUCGAUUCCCUGAGCUCCAGCGACAGUCUCUUGUUCAGCGACUCGGAGCAGGCGGAAGACGACACAGACGUCUUCCUGACAGACAGCUCUUCCUCUGUCAUCAUCGGCGGCGUGGGCGGGGCUACAGCCAGUGGAGACAGAGGGUCAGAGAGCCCCGGGUCCCAGUGGACGUGCGACGGCUUCACAGAUAAAGAGGAAGAGGAGGAGUCGUACAGGUCGGAGAGCGCCGGCAAGGCAGCUCACAUCGAGACUGAUCCAGGACGCCAGAUCCCAAAAUCACAGGGAGACCUGCUCUUUGCUCAAAAGUGUGCUGAGCUACAGGGUUUUGUCCGGCCCCUGCUGGAGCUGCUGAAUGGACUGAAGAGGGGCCGAUUCGAUCGAGGUUUGAGUAGUUUCCAGCAGAGCGUCGCCAUGGAUAGAAUCCAGAGGAUCGUGGGGGUUUUGCAGAGACCCAACAGCGGGGAGAAGUACCUGAACACUCUGCUCCAGGUGGAGAUAAUGCUGAAGCUUUGGUUUCCUCAGAUCUCCACCCAGCCUGUCUCUGCUGCCUCCAGCGUCGCUGUGUCGCCCGCUCGCUCCCUCCAGGACACUUCCAACUCUACCCCGCCGCACAAGCACAGGGAUCAGUUGCACAUUCCCGUCAAGAAGCGCAGGCUCAGUUGGACAGGUACAGACUCCCCCACGCCCUCUCCUGUGCUUCUCAAGUGCCCUCGUAUCAGUGUGGAAGACAAGAGGGUGAAGCAAGAUCAUGAUGAAAGGGACGGCCCUCCUCCUCCAUCACUGGCAACUGAUGCAAACCAAAACUCACCAGAUGUGGCCCACAACAGCCAGCUAAAAGAGGACACAAAGGGAACGGACAGUGACAGCGAGGAACUAGGCAGGCAAUCAAAAUACAAAGCCAGUCACAGCUCUGAGCCGAGCCUUACGUGGGUUCACAUUGCCCCCAUCCUGUCCCCGCGGAAGGCCUGCCCUCCAUCCGUGGUGGGCAACAAUGAAAACCAACCCGUCGCUGCUAUCCUCCCACCCACCAGGAGGGGCAGUCCAGCCACACAAGACAGCUCCAUCUCCUCCACCACACCCUACAAGCACCCCAAAAAUCUGAAGAAGCCAACCCGGUGCCAAAGCCAGCCUACUGCUGGACAACAGAGCGAGACCGCCGAGACAUGUCAGGAUCGAAGUCAGUCUCCUCAAGUCAUGCUCACGCCUUUGCCCGGGGGGUGCCCCACCCCUUUGGAGACCUGAACCAGCAAAGAGUCGGCAGCCUCGCCUCGUUACAUCACCGGGCUAAAAGCUGCUGAGUGAGGAAGAAGGGAAGAGGCUGAAGGCCUGUGAUUAUACAUGCAUUAAAGGGAGGAAGGGGAGGAAAGAAUUGUAGGUGAUAAAUGAUGGAUCAUACAUAACCCCUCAUCAAAACCACAACUGCAACCAAUAUUUCAAAAAACAGGACAUUAUGCGUUUAAUAAAAUCUACUCCAGUUCAUAAUCAUAAUUACAUAAUAAUCAAAACGUGCACAAAAGCAGUUGUGGUCGAGGGGGAUAGGAAAGAACACCUAAAGCUAUGUACAGCUUAUUGAGUAACGAUCAAUAGGAGAGAUUUUGGAACAUUUGGAGGAGUAAAUAAUGAGUUCUCUUCAGCAUGAAAGCAAUCACUACAUUCAGAGAUGACUGUUUCAACAGACAUUUGACUUGAGGGACACACAUGUCCUGAAAUUAGAAAAGCUGAUGUCAAUAUUUGAAGCUUCCAGCAUUUAUUGUGAUGAGGUAACUUCAAUUGAGAGUGAGUAACACAGGGUGAGCUGAGUGUGACACCAGUCUUAUGGCAGUUACAUUCACUUGUAGAUAGAAUCGAGGCAUCUGGCUUGAAGAGGAAACAUUGAAAAUCUUGUAGCUAGAGAUGUGAGAAUUACAGUGUACAGAACGCAGCAUUAUACUGUACGUGUGGUGUGUCGGAGUCAUCGGAGACUGUGGAAAAAAUGAUGCCAUCAACUCACGAAUGUAAUCCAAGAACUGUUUGGGCACUUGGCAUCGAGAGGCGUGUCAUCACAGCGACAGAUCACAGGUCAACUUUUCUCAUCAGGCUGUGGAUUUCCGCCUGGUCCUCGACUGCAAACUGACCGCCAAUCAGUGAAAAUCCCAAGAAAGACUUUUAAAAGACCAGCAGGCGGGAAAAAAAAUAAACAAGGACCACUCAAAGACAUUUGACUCUCGAGUCCCACAGUUAAUUUAUUCAUGUGUUGAUCGGACACUGCGUUUAUUUAUUGUUUGUAUUUAUUUAUUGGGCAGCUGAAUAUCGCCUGCUGUGCACUCGCACAGUCUGGCCUACAAUUGUUUUUGAGGCGUUUGGGAAGAUGCUGGUGACUGUUUGUGGUUUUUAUUGCUAUCACGAGGAAAAAAACAAGAAAACAAAAACGAAGGAAGUGAAACGUUAUGAUUGGACUAUUGGACUACUGUGCCUUUUUACCAAAUCGGAUGUGUUAGGAAAAGCGUUUGGUGCUUUCAGUGCAUUCAUACUGCGUUUUGAUUGUUUGCUUGAAUUUCACAAAACCAGUACACAUUCAAUCAUGGAAAAGCCGACAUGUAGUCGUUUCCAUCUGGCUUCUAAAGUAACACACAGCUUCCAAAUCAACAGUAUCAUUGACUGUCUAUCUGUAGUAGAUAUAGGAAAAUAGAUGCCUCAUUGGCCACUGGAUCGUACGUCAAUGUCACUGCCAUAUUGGAGAGAGCAGGACUUGCCUGUAAACAAAUGCAAGUAAAUAGAGUUUUUUCUGGAUAAAAAGCAUUAUCGCUUUACAGUUCUUAACCAAUAUCAACAAGUCCUUUUUAUAUUCAAGGGUUUAUGAUCUAUGAGUGGUAGGAAAAAAAGCUUUGUCUCCAUUUAAGUAGAAUAGUCAGUUAAUAGUUAGCGUAUAAUUGCGUCUGGACGCUCAAUAGCAUGUGUGUUGGGCUAUCAUGAACUGAAUUACAUGGUGAAAAGUAAUUCAUCUUUAUAUGGAAUUGUAAAAACUCAAGUCUGUCAGGCAUGGAUUUGGCUUAUUUUCUUUUGUUAAUACAUGUGGAGACCUCCCUAUAGCUAUAAUUUGACUUAAUGUGGAAGUAGGCAACUUUUCCAGUAGCUAGCGCUCUAGCUAGCUAGCAGUGUCUGCUUAUCAACUCCUUUACCAUAAAACAAGAAGUGACUGUAACCGCUGCUUAUCUUAGAAAGACCACAGCAAGAAAAUUAGUUCUUUGUUUAUGCUACAUAAUGUUCAUGUAGAUUGAGUUCGGAUACAGCGCUUAAAGUUGCUCAGUGGUGCAUGAAGCCGAAAACAUUCAACUGCAGUGUAUAAAAUUACCCAGAGGGCAAGCUGGCUACUUCUGCUUUAGCGCUCUGCUAACUUGAAUGCAGAUAAAAUGAUUUAAUCUUGCGUCUCUUCUAGACUUUCUAAAUUUCAUGCAAGCAAAAGCAUCAUAUCAUAUCCUGGUAGUGAACACAGUUUGCGGGGGUUGUGACACUCAAGAAGACAUCUUUUUCACAAUGUAGGUCUAUAGGAAAAAGCCUGGCAGGCCUGGAAGUUGUAAUUCCACUGUUUGGCCACUACAAAAAUUGACUUCAAAACCCAGCACACUUCCCCGGGGCCAUAUCUGCACGCAGGCAUGAUCCUGGGAAAGUAAAGGCUCGCUAACAUUAGCACGCUAGCUACGUUAGCUAUUCUGGGAAGCCAAAAACGAACAUUUAUAAUCCAUCGUACGUUUGAUAGCUAGCUAGUGCUAUUUUAAAGAUUGUCUACUUCCACAUUAAAUUAUAAUAAGUUUUUAAGUAUUAACCAAGGAAAAUAAAACAAAUCCACGCUUGACAAACAUACGUUGAUCAAUUAUUUUUAACCACGUUAUGCUAACGUUAGGAAUUCAUCAUAUGUAUGCCUAACACACCCCUCUUCUGAGUGUCCAGCAGCAAUGUUAGCCAAAAUAUUGAGAUUCAGAUUAACAAGAGACAAACCUUUUUUUCCUUUUUAGCACAUGUAGAUCAUUAACCCAUGAAUACUAAAAUGACUCACUGUAAUCGGCUGAGAGGUUUAAAUGUUGGAAAAAAUGGUGCUCCCUAAUUACUUGUAUUUGUUUACAGGCAAGUUUUGCCCUCUCCAAUAUGGCGGCAAUGUUGACUUAACGCUGCAACGAGCUGGCACAGCCGAUGCGCCAUCUAUGUAUAUAUCUCUAUGUCUAUCUACUGCUCAAAAAACUGCGUCCAGCUCUAGUAUUCAGACAUCUACAAUAACCUGCUUACAUGUCCAACUUUCACACACACCAACAGCAGUGGCUACUGUUUGUCAUGUAGUAUAAAGGUGUAGCCUUCCUUUAGAGCUUUUCUUUCGGUUCUGAUCAACAGAGGAACAGACUGAGCUGCACUUGUAGCUGGUGCUUUUGAAAACUUGAAAAAACGAAACAGAAAAUAUAAAUGUAAGGGAGGAUUUUUUUUUAUUUGCACCACCCUCUACUGCUGCUAUUGUUAUCCUGAUUCCAGUUUGAUAGGAGAAAUCUGGAAAUCUGCUCACAAUAUUCUUCUCAAUGUCGGAAGGGUUUCAGCGAUGUGAUUGGGUUUACCUAUAUUGCAAAAGUAUUGUAAAUAUUUAAACUAAAAAAAAUAUUUUUUAAAUUGCUAUGAGUGGUUCAUACACUAUUUACAUAAAUAGAAGAGGAGGGAUCUCCGAGUACCAGACUCCUUUGAAAAAAGCACCACGUGUGAACACAGAGCCACUGGCAGCCUCCGUUUAACUGUGUUUGCGGAGGAAGGAGCGUACAGACCCUCAGUCACAGACCCAGAGUCAGACCGUUUUACCCCAUCACGUACCACAGGCUGACUCUGGACCAGAGGCUGGGGGUAUCCUCCACCCCACUGCUGUUUUUACACAGCUGUGGUGUGACAGAGAAACCAAUUGCACUUAUUUUUCAUUGUUUAUGUCCUGUUUUUUUUUUCAUGUGUGUUUUCUACUGCAGCGACCACUGCUGAUUGGUCAGAAAUAAUAUGUCUUGUUUAUUUUAGCUGCCUUUACUUUAUUUUUUUCUUAAACUGUAAAAGCUGACUGUAGUUCCCCUCCUCCCCUCCCCUCCCCUCCCCCACUCUGCUGCAUUCGUCUGCCCUUGCCCUCUCUCCUUCAUCUCCCUCAAUCCCGUUAGUAUCUUUUCUUUCUAAACUAAACUCCCGUCUUUCUCUCAACCCCCCAUCUUUACAUGAUAUUACUCUUCUGGCUACUUUUUCAAUAAUGAUGAACAGGAAAAAAAAAUCUUUUAAUAAAUGACACAUUUUUGA